AUGGACCUGCACUUCCACAGCUCCACUGUUAUGGCUCUGCAAGAGGCCUCAGAAACUUAUCUCAUUGGACUCUUCAAACACACCUACCUAUGUGCCAUACCGGCCAAAAGAUUCACCAUCAUUCCCAAAGACAUAUAG